CGUCUGCCGUGGCUGCUGCUGUGCGGCCUGCUGGGCCCGGCUCUCGGCGUGGAGCAGCCAGGCUUCCAAGAGACCAUGCAUCUUUCUUCUUAUGAAAUUAUAACUCCUUGGAGAUUAACUAGAGAAAGAAGGGAAGCCCCGAGGCCUUAUUCAGAACAGGUAUCUUAUGUCAUCGAGACUCAAGGAAAGCAGCAUAUUAUUCAUUUGGAAAGAAAUAUAGACCUUUUGCCUGAAGAUUUUGUACUUUAUUCCUAUGAUGAGGAAGACUCUCUGAUCUCCAACUACCCCAAAGUACAGAAUCACUGUCAUUAUCGGGGCUACGUGGAAGGCAUUUCUAAUUCAGCCGUUGCUGUGAGCCGCUGUUCUGGACUCAGAGGAUUGCUCCAUUUCGAGAAUGCCAGUUUUGGGAUUGAACCUCUGCACAACAGCUCUCAAUUUGAACAUGUAUUUUAUCGAAUGGAUGAUGUCCACAAAGAGCCUCUGAGAUGCGGAGUUUCUAACCAGGACACAGAGACGGAAGCCGUGAAGGAUGUUGAGGAAGAGCAUUCCAGCUUGUCUCAGUUCCUACGUAGAAGAAGAGCUGUUCUGCCACAGACCCGCUAUGUGGAGCUGUUCAUCGUUGUAGACAAAGAAAGGUAUGACAUGAUGGGAAGAAAUCAGACUGCGGUGAGAGAAGAGAUGAUUCGCUUAGCAAACUAUUUGGAUAGCAUGUAUAUUAUGCUAAAUAUUCGAAUUGUCCUAGUUGGUUUGGAAAUUUGGACAAAUGGAAACCUGAUCAGUAUAAUUGGAGGUGCUGGUGAUGUGCUGGGGAACUUUGUACAGUGGCGGGAAAAGUUUCUCAUAACCCGCCGGAGACACGACAGUGCACAGUUAGUUCUGAAGAAAGGCUUUGGUGGAACCGCAGGAAUGGCAUUUGUGGGAACAGUGUGUUCAAGGAGCCAUGCGGGCGGGAUCAAUGUGUUUGGACAAAUCACUGUGGAGACAUUUGCAUCCAUUGUCGCUCAUGAGUUGGGUCAUAACCUUGGAAUGAAUCAUGAUGAUGGAAGAGAGUGUUUCUGUGGGGCAAAGAGCUGCAUCAUGAACUCAGGGGCAUCAGGUUCCAGAAACUUCAGCAGCUGCAGUGCAGAGGACUUUGAGAAACUAACUUUAAACAAAGGAGGAGCCUGCCUUCUCAAUGUCCCGAAGCCUGACGAAGCCUACAGUGCACCCUUCUGUGGUAAUAAGCUGGUGGAUCCUGGGGAAGAGUGUGACUGUGGCACUCCAAAGGAGUGUGAACUGGACCCAUGCUGUGAAGGAAGCACUUGUAAGCUCAAGUCAUUUGCUGAAUGUGCAUAUGGCGACUGUUGUAAGGAUUGCCAGUUCCUUCCAGGAGGGUCUUUGUGCAGAGGAAAAACCAGUGAGUGUGAUGUUCCCGAGUACUGCAAUGGCUCCUCCCAGUUCUGCCAGCCAGAUGUCUUCGUUCAGAACGGGUACCCUUGCCAGAGCAAUAAGGCCUACUGUUACAAUGGCAUGUGCCAGUCCUACGAUGCUCAGUGUCAGGUCAUCUUUGGUUCAAAAGCCAAGGCCGCCCCAAGAGACUGUUUCAUUGAAGUGAAUUCUAAAGGCGACAGAUUUGGCAACUGCGGUUUUUCUGGCAGUGAAUACAAGAAGUGUGCCACUGGGAAUGCCUUGUGUGGAAAGCUUCAGUGUGAAAAUGUACAGGAGAUGCCAGUGUUUGGAAUAGUGCCUUCUAUCAUUCAGACGCCUAGCCGAGGCACCACAUGUUGGGGUGUGGAUUUCCAGCUGGGAUCAGAUGUUCCAGACCCAGGGAUGGUGAAUGAAGGCACAAAGUGUGCUACUGGAAAGAUUUGUAGGAAUUUCCAGUGUGUGAAUGCAUCUGUCCUGAAUUAUGACUGUGAUAUUCAGAAGAAGUGUCAUGGCCAUGGGGUGUGUAAUAGCAAUAAGAAUUGCCACUGUGAGAGUGGGUGGGCCCCCCCGCACUGCGAGACUAAAGGAUAUGGAGGAAGCAUGGACAGCGGACCUACAUACAAUGGAAGGAGCACAGCCUUGAGGGAUGGUCUUCUGGUCUUCUUCCUCCUGGUUCUUCCCCUUAUCGUCGUUGCCGCAUUCCUCUUCAUCAAGAGAGAUCAACUGUGGAAAAGCUACUUCAGGAAAAAGAGAUCACAAACAUAUGAAUCAGAUGGAAAAAAUCAAGCAAGUGUUUCCAGACAGCCUGUGAGUUCUCGACCUGUCCCUCCAGUGGCCCCUGCUAGAGAAGCUCCUGUGCAUACAAACAGAUUUCCAGUACCAACCUAUGCAGCCAAGCAGCCUCCACAGUUUCCAUCAAGGCCACCUCCACCACAGCCAAAAGUAUCAUCUCAGGGAAAUUUGAUUCCUGCUCGGCCAGCUCCUGCACCCCCUUUGUAUAGUUCCCUCACCUGAUUUAGAUCCUUUUUUUUUCAAAUGUCUUCAGGGAACUGAGCCAAUACUUGGGUUUUUUUUUUUCUGAUUUUUUCUUGAAAAGCCUAUCUCUUCCAACUAUGAAUGAAAACAAACUACCGCCAACCAAACUUUACUAACUCGGAAACAGAGUGGGGACUUGAGAAAUGCAGGCUGUGCAGACACAGGGAGUGUUGCCAUCAUUAAGAUGUCUUUUUCAGUCACUUAGUGUAGAUACAUUUGACUGUGUUAUUGUAAUGAUUCUCAAAUUAACUGAAUUGGUUUAAUGUUUGUCAUUGUGUGCUUAAAUGUAAUCCUGAAUCUUUGACCUCAGUUAUUAAUGUUCUGGUUGAACAUGUGAACAUGUCUUAACCUAUGAAAAGUGACGGAUUAACUGCAGACAGUCUGACACUCUUUCUGCAUGCAAUGA